AGGAGUAAUGGUGUUAAGAUAGGGAACUGGAUUGAAUUAAGCAAUGGGUUUUAUAUCAAUUCCUAAGUAAUAUACACUGGUGAAUAUAAAAAUGGAAAUAAAUUUGGUAGAUGGAAUAUUAUGUAUAGAGAUCGAAGUAGUGAUCCAUUUUGCUAAAUGUAAAUAUAGUCUACAAGAUGAUAAUUAUAUUUAUAGUGGCGGCGGAUUAUUUGAAGAAGAUAAUAGUACUUAAAUUGGGAAAUGGAUUGAAAUAAGCGAAGAGUUUUAUUACAAUUCUCAAGUGACUUAUACUGGAGUAUAUAAUCAUGGUCGAAAAGUUGGAAGAUGGGAUAUUUGGUUUAAUAUUAAUGAAUGCGGAAAAAAAAAUAUAUUGGUGUAAAUAUAUCAAAAUAUAUAGGGGUGGUGGAUUGUAUGAUGAAUGUAAUUGGCUUAAAGUUGGGAGUUGGAUUGAGAUUGGAUUUGGAUUUCAGCAUUUAUCAUAAAAAAUUUAUAAUGGUGAAUAUAAAGAUGGGAAAAAAGUUGGUAGAUGGGAUAUAAAUUGUAGGUCAAGAAAUGUUGAUCCAUUUGAAACGAUGUAAGGAUAAUAUAUUAUCAACUAAAAAUAAAUUAUUAGAGGUGGAGGAUCAUAUGAUAAUGACCUAAAAACUGGUAAAUGGAUUGAUUUAGACGAUGGUUUUUAUAAAAGAAACUAAGUAACAUACAUUGGUGAAUACAUAAAUGGUAUAAAAGUUGGAAAAUGGGAUACUAGGUGUAGAUAGAGUAAUAGUGAUAAAUUUUAAAUUAUGUAAAGAAUAUAUUUAACUAUGUUAUUUAUUAGUGGUUGUGGAUCAUAUGAUAAAAGGGGCAUUAAGAUUGGAAAAUGGAUUUAAUUGGAUGAUAGAUAUUCAAAUUCAAAAGAGGUAUUAUAUAUUGGUGAAUAUAAAAAUGGUAAUAAAGUUGGUAAAUGGGAUAUUAAAUAUAGAGAUAGUGUUAGUAGCCCAUUUUUUUAAAUGUAAAUAUGUAAAUUAUAAAUGAUUGUUAGUGGGGGAGGAUUAUUUGAUGAAAAAUGUGAAGGUAUUAUGAAUGGAAAGUGGAUACAAAUAAGUGAUGAAUUUUGGUUUGGAAAAUAAGUAAUUUAUCAUGGUGAAUAUAAAAAUGGUAAAAAAGUAGGAAAAUGGAUGGAAAUGGAAAGGAAACCAACAAAAAUGAAGGAAGGAUUCAAAAUCGUAAACGAGGUGAAUUACAAUUAAUGA